AGUACAAACUUCGCUCGAUUGCACCUGUACUAGUUGGUAUAGGAGCUGAUAUGGCACUGAUAAUCUUUGUUUGCUGUCGCCGUUUAAUCAACAAGUGGUGUGCACGAAACGAUAUACCUAACAAGGCAUAAUAUUAUUAUUGUUUUCAUUUACUGCUAUUGUUUUAUAGUCAGUUUUCAUAUCAAUUCUUUGUAUUGCUCCAUUAUUUGUUUAUCGUACUUUUUUGGCGUUUACAAAGGCAACUAUUAAUUUCCCGCAAUGCCGAUUCGAGAGCUUAGUCCUGAAUUAGCUAAAAUAGCCAAGUCUGAGCUGAAUGAAGACCCGAAGCGGCUGCAAGAUGACCUCCAGAGCAUCAGGGACUGGAUCUCCAAGCAGCCUCACCUCAUAUGUAGAACUGAUGAGCAGUGGCUAGUGGCGAUCCUCCGCGGCUGCAAGUUCAGUCUGGAGCGGGUGAAGAAGAAGCUGGACCUGUACUACACGCUCCGGACCACCGCGCCGGACAUCACCAGGAAACUGGCACCAUCUGGCGACGAGUUCUUGAACGUGCUCAGAUUAGGAGUGUGUGUAAUUUUGCCCAAAGCUUCUGAGCUGUCUCCCCGAGUGAUCCUGCUCCGGCCGGGGGUCUACGACGCUGGUCGGUACGACGCCGCUGACCUGUUGUGUGUCUUCUACUACUUGUCACAGAUUCUCGUGCUGGAAGAUGACACUGCGACGGUGAUAGGCACAAAGAUCCUUGUGGACUACCAAGGACUGUCCAUGGCACACAUCGCCAACAUGACCCCGGGACAGAUCAAGAAAAUGAUUGUCAUUGCUCAGGAUUCCAUGCCACUCCGGUUAAAGGGUAGCCAUCAUAUCAACUUACCCUCGAGCUUGGAAACAAUCUUUGGAAUAGUGAAAUCGCUAAUAAACGAGAAGGCAAAACAAAGAUUAAAAAUUUACAAGAACCACGAAGAGCUCCUGGAACAAAUGCCCAAAGAGAUAAUUCCUGAGGAGUACGGAGGAUCCGGAGGAACUAUCAAAGACAUCACUGCUGAAUGGGAGCGCAAGCUGGUGGCCUACAGAAGCUGGAUGCAGCAUGAGGAGACUCUGGGCACAGACGAGGCGAGGAGGCCGGGCCGGCCUAAGUCGGCUGAGGAAAUGUUCGGGGUGCAGGGCUCCUUCCGCAGACUUGAGGUGGAUUGAAGAGGGGAAGCGAAUGGAUGCUUGGGAUUUUCUUGGUGGAUUUAUGGAUAAGGAAGUAGGGUAGGAAACCAUUAACAAGUAUUUGUAAAUUUAUGUAGUAAUAAUUAAGCGUUUAAUGUCCAAAUAAAGUUUAAUCGUUAAUUGUAGUUAAGAAAAUAAUAAUAUUUUGUUAAAAU